AUGGUUAAUGGGAAGUUACGCGUUUGGUUUGGUAUUGCCGGCGGUGGUGGUGGUGGUAGUGUUGUUGGUGGUGGUAGUGGUGGCGGUGGUGGUGGUGGUGGUAGUGUUGUUGGUGGUGGUAGUGGUGGCGGUGGUGGUGGUGGUGGUAGUGUUGUUGGUGGUGGUAGUGGUGGUGGUGGUGGUGGUGGUGGUGAUGGUGAUGGUGGUGGUGGUGGUGGAAGUGGUGGUGCAAAUCUAUCAUUAGUCUCAGCACUGCCAUGCUGGUAG